AUGAAGCGGAUAGGUCAAGCGUAUAACGUAUACGCCGUGUUCAUCGGCAUGACGUCAUACGAAGCAAUGGGUGGAAAAUUCAGGCAGUCGCGGAUUACUCGGAUAUAUUGCUUGCUUAUAAAUGCCAUCUGCUUGACUUUGCUGCCGAGGGCAUUCUGGAAAUCGGCCAAGCUAUUGAGUGCGGCGGACUGGAUGCCUUCGUACAUGAGGGUCACUCCGUACAUCAUGUUUACAACCAACUAUGCUGCCAUAGCCUACACCCUGAUCUCGCGAUGCUACAGGGACGCCAUGCUGAUGGACUUGCAACGCAUUGUGCUGCAAGUGAAUCGGGAAAUGUUGCGCACGGGAAAGAAAAUGAACUCACUACUUCGACGGAUGUUUUUCUUGAAAACAUUUACAUUGACCUACUCGUGCUUGUCGUACAUUCCGGCGGUUUUCAUUUACCAGUGGAGAGCUCAAAACUGGUCCAAUCUUUGCAAUGGACUCUUGGUUAACAUUUCCCUAACUAUCCUGGUUGUCACCACAUUCUUCUACUUCAUCUCGCUGUGGCACGUAGCCAAGGGAUAUGACUUUGUCAACCAGCAACUAAAAGAGGUUGUCUCCUCCCAAUCGAUGGACUUGAAGAGGAAGUCAAAAGAACUCCGCAGCCUGUGGGCUCUGCACAGAAAUCUUAGUUAUACAGCCCGCAGGAUAAACAAGCACUACGGUCCCCAAAUGCUUGCCCUGCGAUUUGAUUACUUCAUAUACUCCAUAAUCAACGGUUGCAUAGGCACGAUUUACUCGACCACCGACCAGGAGCCCUCGUUUAAAAAGGUAUUCGGAUCCCUAGUUUACUGGGUACGGAGUUUCGAUUUCUUUCUGAACGAUUAUAUCUGCGAUAUGGUCAGCGAGUACCAAAUCCAGCCAAAGUUCUUCGCCCCCGAAAGCAGCAUGUCCCACGAGCUGAGUUCUUACUUGAUCUAUGAGAGCAGUACGCGACUGGAUCUGUUGGUCUGCGGACUCUAUCCCGUCAACAAGCGGAAAUGGUUGCAAAUGGUGGGCUCCAUCAUCGUCCACUCCAGCAUGCUGUACCAGUUUCAUCUCGUCAUGCGAGGUGGUCUUUAG